AUGGAGGAGUCGCGCAGAGCCAAAGAGGAGUCUGAGCGCGCGAAGGAGCAGAUCCGGGCCUGGGAGGAGCAGCAGUGGAACUCCUGGGACUGGAAGCCGGAGGAGGAGGAGGUCUGGCGUCCAGAUCCAGAGGAGUGGCCGCACCUCGAUGAGGUUGGCAGUCGGAAGAGGGAUGGCAACAAGGCUCGGCUGCAGCCUGCAGUUCGGGAGCCCUCACAGGCUCGCAGAGAGUCUGAAUGGGCCUGGACUUGCUACCGCAAUGGUUGGGCUACCGCGAAGCCAACAAAUGCUGAGGUUCGGCAGAAGGCCAAUACCAAGAAUCCACCCCCGGAGAGUACGACGGAACUCAGGAUGCUUGUCAAGAACAUCAAGACCACGAAGCUCCGACGGGAGUUUCAGAAGCGGUCUUACGGCAACUAUGGCCGCUACCGGAAGAACCGGGACGAGCGGAUAGCUACCCGCAGUGCCAAGAGUCAGACCGAUCCGUUUUCGGUGCUUUUUGCGCAUCUCUCCAGGCGAGUGCCCGAGGAGUAUUUGAAAUCACUCUUCGAAGAAGUGGGGCGAGUCAUGCACUUCGAGCUUUGGAAAGGACCCGAUGGCCAGUCCCUGGGCCGAGGAAAGGUGACAUACACAUCCACUGCUGAUGCCAACAUGGCCGUGAAGCAGCUCAGUGGGUGGUAUGUACAUGGGCGCACCAUGCGGGUCUGCCUCUUCCGGCCGCCAAGUGAAGAGCGUGGGGCCGAUCCGGGCAAGAAGGACCCUGGCAAGUUCCCAGAGAAGCCCUGUUCAGUCAUCUUCAGCAACUGCAAUGCUGUCAGCACAGAAGGUUUUUUGCGCUGGCUGCUGUCAAAGGCUGGCACUGUUCUUUGCUUUACUUUGCAGCGCUCCGACGAGGGCAAGUCGCUGGGGUGGGGCACCUGCACCUUCGAUGGUGAAGGCGUCGCACGCCGCGCCAUCGAGCGUUUCAACGGCGCCUGGGUGGACAACCGGAGGAUUCAGCUCGAGCUGGACCCGAAUCCGCCAAAGAGCUUCCUCUCCUGUGUGUUCUUCCACAACGUCACGUGGACGACGACUGCCGCAGAGCUGAAGAGGAAGUUCGGUGCCUAUGGCACCGUGGAGGAGUUCGAGCUACGGGUGAAGCCCAACGGCCGGUCUCUGGGGAUGGGAACCUGCAGGUUCUCCUGCUCCAAGGAGGCCAAGAACGCCAUCGCCAGCCUGGAUGGGCAGAUGCUGCACGGCAGAAGGCUCUACCUUUGCCGCUACGACCCGAUUGGAGCUGGUCGAGUGCAGGCAAGCCGCCCCUGGGAGAAUUGCGAGCCCGCAGAGGUCAAGGAAGAAGAUGACAGUGACGUGGAAAACCAAUGA